GUUCAUGUAUGUGAAGAAUGCUUGUCUUCCUUCUGAAUAAUCAUUUUACGCAUUUUUAUUUUCCGUCUAAUUAAUUUUAUUACUUGAUAUAAGCGUCAGCGCCAGGCAUGGUACAAUCAAAUAUGCCAGACCUAAGGAUGAUCCGCACCUUAGUAACUAAAUUGUAAAUAUUUGUACGCUGUUGACAGCUGUAUGUUUUACUGUAGCAACUGAGGUGCAGCGCUAAGGCGCUUUUCAGAGUCAGUAUCGGUGUGAAACAGCCACGCAUCCCGGUGAGCCAUACAGCUCCAUGUGGACCUCAAUCAGAUACGGGAUCUGAGUUAACGGCGUACAGCAAGCGGCGUUAUGUGCAGGCAGUCGCGGGUUUGAGGUGUUAAGGGUCUCCAUCACUUCUUCCGGGGGGGGAGACAGGCGUCUCCAAAACGGGCCUCCCGCAGUUGGCAGUUACACAGCGGCGUCGCCAGAGGGGAUCGGGGGCUGGAGCUCGGAGGCUUUUCCGGCCGCUUCAGUGUGUCGUGACGACUUUUGGGCUGGUGAUGUGUGGUGGCUCCUGACCGGGUUGCUAUGGCUCUGGAUGUUGAUGGGAAGCUUCCAGACCUGACCCCCCACAUGGAACUCCAGGCUUAUGGAAGGCAACAGAGGGGGAUCUUGGGAGCUAUACGCAGCGGGGCCACCAGACCAACUUCCCGUCCCUGGGCCCCCAGACAGAGGUCAAUAACAACCCGGUUCCCACCGGCUAAAGAUCUGGACCAAGAGAAGAGCAGCCACAAGAAGACCGUCACUAUGGCACCAAGAUCGAGGUAUCUCACAAGUCAGAGCCAAUACUGCGUCAGGAAGCCGCUGUUUGUCACCGAGUGUCAUGUUUCAAUCCUGAAGAAGCCCGGCCUCCCUGAGCAAUCCGAGCAGGUAGAGCAACCCAACAGACCAUGUGAGCUCCCUUCUGAGGAAGUGGAGCCACCAUCCAGCCCUCAAGAAGAGGAGACCUUGGGUAUCAGCACCCUCUUGAGAUCGGAUGCUUCUGCUCCCCCUGCUGGUGGGGAGGAUUGUUCCCAUCCACUGACUGUGGCAGAGCUAUGUGACUGGUCUUCCAAUGAGGAGCCCGGCACGGGUUCUGACUUUAGCGCUGGAGGCUCCCACUACCGCAGCCUCUCUAGCCCACCGUUGGACAUCCGCAGCCUAACGGUGCCCCUUCACUCCAAAUGGUCUUCUGCUCAGAGGUCCCAUUCUCUGGAUGCCUUUGGUCUGUCAUCACGGCCCUCCUGGAGGGGUGCUGCCUCAGACCCUGGGUCUUUGCUAGUCAGUAGCCAGUGCCGGCCACCCCCCCUCCACCAGAUGUCCCCUCAUCAGGCUAGGUACUGGGCGUGUGCCAUCCCCAGCACAAAGCCACCGUGCCCAGACAGGACAUCAUCUAGCUGGGACCCCAAUAAAGAGUAUCAGGCUCUCCUGGAUUACACCUACCCCCUACGGCCUAACCUGCCAUCUUCUCAAGACUCCAUGGAGCCUGGGUCACUGUUGUGGACCGACCCACUGGUAGAGGACUCUGGCAUCGAGAUGGACCGUUUCUGUAGCUCCACUACUCUAUCAUACGGUGAGCUUCCUCCUGCAGGUGGGAGCAGGGAUGGCUUGAGCACAGUGCUGAAAGACCAGGAGCUCCAGAACCAGCCCCUUAGAGACAACUUGCAGCCCAAGUCCCCAGAUUCUAAACUGUCCAGUAGUUGGCAGUCCUUGGUGGACCAAGUUGGGUUCUCAGCAGACAGCCUGCUGGACAGCGAUGGGUCACGGCCCUCCCACUGGAUGCACAAUAGCAAGCCGGGUGUCUAUUCCUCCUUCAGCACAGCUGCCACCUUCAAUCGGAGUGCUUGUAUCUUGCCCCCUGCUGGGGCACCUUGGGAUGGGGAAGAGGAGUUUCACCCCUUGCCUGGCCGGCUGAGGGAGUUGGAGGUGCUCUCGCAGCAUCUUCGUGAGCUCUCCCUACAGGCUAGCUCAGAGUCUCUGCUGGAGGACCAAUCCCAUGCAAAAGCAAGAGCAACACCACCUGUGGAGGACAGGAGGCAAGUGCCAGUGAGGGAAGAGUGCGCCUCUGGACCAAGUGUUAUUGCUGGAGAAGAGUCUGUCUCCAGAGCCUCCUGUAGCCCAGAGGUUUUGGCAGCGAGGGCUGUGGGCCUGGCAACCAGUUUGGAGAACCUUAGCAGGGAGGUGGGCAGGGAGAGCCUGAAAGCUGCAGCUUCUUACAUGGAUCACCCAAGUGAGGCUAAGCUCCCAGAGUUCCACAGGAGAACCAAAACAGGCCCGGGGGAGGCACAGACCAAAGAAUCCCUAGUACAGCACAUCCAGGUGUUCUGCUCCAACCUCGAGGAGCUCAUUUUGUGGCUGUACCGGGUAGUAGAUAGGAUACAGAGUCUGACGCCAGCCACGCCAGACAUCAGUAGCGUCAGGUGCUGCCUUGCCAGUUACAAGAGUUUCCAGAAGGAUAUUAGUGCACGGCAGCCCCUCACCACAGCAGUAUUGAAGACCGGAGACUCCCUACUGAGCUAUUUGAACUCCACCUCUCCCGUUUUAAGAGACACCCUGGCACUGAUCGAGAAGCAGUCGGAAGCCCUUGAGACCCACACAGAUCGCUUCUUCUCUUCCAUAUUGUUGGCAAUGGACAGUCUGAUCGAUCCACAAGACUCAAAGGCUGGGGCUGCUGUCCAAAGUACCAAGACCUGACCGGCGGAGAGGAAGCGCCCAGACCCACAUAUGCUUUGCGGGAACGUGCCUGGCGUCUCCAGCGGGCAGGUGGAUUUUCGCCUUGGCGCUCUGAGCAAAGCCGCUUUUAUCCCGGGUGCCACUGGAGGCCCGACCCCAAUGACAGGCUCCGUGUCUAUUUUGAUACUGACACUUUUUGACCUGUGUGUGUGCUGCAGAUCUUUUUUUUUUUUGGUUUCCUGUAACCCAUCAAAACAUGUGGUUUUCUCACCUGAACUUCAAAACAACCCGACGUCCUUCCUAUGCAGUAAGGCACUGCUGGAUAUAUGAACACAGCGACACUGAUCUGUUUUCAUAAAUGCAGCAUGAUAAAGCUCACAGCCUCUCAUCUGAGAAAGAUCACCACCAUUACUGCGUAUUUCAUUCCUAUUCCAGGGUGACCCUCCAAUAUCUUACUCACAUUCCACAGCCUAAAACAACAACAAACAAACGAAAAAAACAUCUAGAAACCUUUGAGACAAAGGCCCCCAUAGAUAUCUCCGUAUAGAAAUCCUCAUUUGAUGGACAAGCACAAAUCUUCUCUUGCACCACGAAACUAUGUACUUUGUACCCUAUAUCCUCACUGCUGUCACCCUGCUGAACAAACAUAAGUACAUGACUAACGGCACAAUUUGGGCUCAGCUGUCCAAACUGGAUAAGCACAUUUUUAUUAACGUUUCCAAAGCAGGCAUUUCGAAAGCCGCACUGCCGUGGCAUAUCGGAUUCCCACUCAUCACACGAGUCGUGUCAGCGGUUAAAGCGCUCCCAUGUUGAUACAGACAGCUCCGUAUAAAUGGAGCAGGGUUAGGAGGAGUCCACAGGCGUCCUGAAGACACAUCUUUACGUCUGCAGUGGAUUACUGGCUGUGAAGAGCAAAGAGGUAUUUUGCAGGUAUUUUUAGGAAGCAAUAUAACAAUGGCAGAGCUUGUAAAGAGCACAGUGACAACUUCCAAGCCCACUGCUAGGGGAACGGCAGUUAUGUACCCAGAGAUUUGAACUUUCAGACCCUCAGCCAAACACGGAAGGCGAUGUCAUUGCUCAUUUUCCCCACUGUGGUGCUGCAGCAGUAGGCAAAGCCAGGCAUCAGUCAUGAUUGGUUAACACAUUUUACCAGCCUGCAUGAACCAGGAAAUGCAUUAUGCCCAACCCAGAUGAAAUGCUUAUCACAGCACUGCGAUUGUGAUCGUCCCACAGCGUGAAUAAACUGUAUGAAAACACA